AUGGAAAGUCCAGAACAAGGAGAAGAAGGAAGCAGACAAGGAGCUUUGAGAUUAAAAGUUCAGGACAGUAGAAAAGUUAAAAAUAAGGGAUAUAUUGACCUUCAUCAUGAACAUUAUCUGCUUGAAUGUAUUUCUGCAGAAAGUAACGUUGACCUUACUAUCGACUCUAUACGACAGGCUCUAAAAAAACCUGGUAUUCUUAAAUUGCUAUGUGAAAAAAUUGUUGCAUCUUGCUUCAUACCCGAAAGAUCUUUACGUUUGAAUAGGAAAUUUACACCUUCGUUUGCACAGCAGUUGCACCGACAAAUUGGAAAUGAAUUGAUUAAUAACGCAGGUCAAUAUAGAACGCGACAUGUUAUGGCGGCACAAGAAAACCAUGUAUAUAUUGCACUGGAUUUAAUCGAGGAUAAAAUGAAUGAGUUAUUCUGUCAAUGUAGACAGAAAUUUGGAAGGACAGACUUGCAGUUGGAGAAAAAACGGAAGAGUAGCAAGAUUGCUUUUGAGUUACCUCUUAUCAAAAUUCACAGUGCACGGUAUCAAGAACCAUUUAAUCCCAGUGCACUUACAACUUUUAUACUUGAAUGUGUAUACAAGACAUCUUAUAACAUAUGUGUAGUGAUGGAUAUUGAUAUUCAAGAUUAA